AUGUAUGGUUUCGCACGUGAGCUGUUUCUUCACUCUGUUGACGAUGAAUUCAUCUGCAGUAUAUGGUAGGAAUAUACAGAGGAUCAUACUUCAUAGUUUAUUUUCCAUUGCAUUUACACCAGUUUAGUUUAUUAGUUAAGGUGGUUUUUAACGUCGGUUUUGCCACUAGUUGCGCUGUGUCGAUUAAACACUCGUUCUUUGUGUCGUGUACUAGUCACGCAACGAUCCAUCCUCCUCAGAUAAUAAAAACUACACAAAGAUGGGGUAAUAUUGCGACAGCGACUGAGAAAAGCCCAAAUACAAUAGUAGAAUACCGACUGUGAAAUGCAAAUACUUGUAUUCUGGGUAGAAUGUAUUUGACUGUGAAAUAUAUCUUGAAGUACUUGAGAGGAUUCAAUUUAUUUGGUUAUUUUAACGCAUGUGCCUUAUAUUCAUUGUUCAGCCAUGGAGUUUUCAAGCAGCCCAUGACCUGCCAAGAUGGCCAUUCAUUUUGCAAAGACUGCAUUACACAAUGGCAGCAAGUCAACACCCAUUGCCCUGUGGACAGGUCUACUCUUGAUCGACCGUUGGUUAGAAAUCUAGCUGUGGAAGGUUCUAUUGGUCGAAAGCUGAUGAAAUGCCCAUCAACAGUCUCUCUUCCAGGAGGAUGCAGCUGGACAGGCUUAGCAUCUGCUGUAGAGCAACAUCUCCCUUCCUGCGAUAUGAAUGUUGUGGAAUGCAAAUUUAAAGUCAGGGGCUGUAUUUUUCGGGCAUAUCAGCGUGAGAUUGCUCAGCACCUCCUUGUUUGCCCGCAUAGGACAGUUAGUUGCCUGUCCUGUGCUCGAGACAUCCCACACAGUGAUCUGUCAGCCCAUGAUGAAGAGUGCAUUGGCAAACUUGUAUCUUGCCCAAAUGACUGUGGCGUUGAAGUUUCGAGGUACAUUUGCAUUGUUCAUUCAUUGUUUACGGAUAAGGUAACCCUGUAUAUCAUAAGUUAGGGGUGACGUGAAAUAGUUUGUGGUUGUUGGCCCCAGAAGAGAUUACAAAAAGUAGUAAUUAGUACCAGUGCCUGCUUGCUGCACAGGCUAGUACCCCUCCCUCUUUCUUAAUGUAUUGAAAGAAAUAUUUUUCAUGUCUGAUCAAGAACUAGAAUAUUCAUUACAAAUUUCUAGAAACAAUGUACUUUGUGUUGUGAUUCUCAACUAGGUGCAAGAUGUUGUCACACUUGGCAUUUUCAUGUAACAAGGAGGGCCGGCCAUGUCCAAUGUACACUGUAGGAUGCACAAAGGUUCACUCUUUAGCAAAGGCAGAUCCUGGAGAACAUGUUAAAUUGCUGCUAGCCGCUCGUCUAUCAGGAGCAUACGCUGUAAGUAAUUUUUUUUCUAUAGUGAAAUGUGAAGUUUAAUACUAAUUAGUCUUGAAGCAUCUUCUUUCUUCUAGAAUAUACUUACAAAUCUCAAGAAUUGCCAUACUAUAACUAUUUCUUAUUUUGAGAUGUUGUAUAAUCUUUUUUUAGAUGUUGUAUAAUCUUUGGGUGUGUGUAAUGUAGUUUGUUAUAUUUAUAUUUAUUUUCAUUAUAUUAUUGUUAAGAAAAGAGUUGUUGGAGUUUCCAUUCACUCAAAUUUUCUAGUUAUUUAGUCAUUCAUCUAUUUCAUUCUUUAAAGUUUAUUUUCCUUUUUUUCUAAUACAUGUUGUGCACCUUUUUUAUCUUUUUAGGCUUCUGAUGCAGGCUUAAAUGGUAUUUCCUUUGGUGGGUCAUGGAAAAUAGAAGGCGAUGUGGUAUUGCCCAUCUGUAGCCCAUUGUUUGAAGCUCAUGCUGCUGUGGUCAGAAUGGAAAUUUUAAAAGAGAGUGGUAUUUCCUUCAAGUUUCAGGUGGAAUCAAAGUUGCAGCUGCCCAGUUUUGCCAUUGAUUUAAGGUGGGCCAGUAGCCUUGAAAUCUUAUCGCUUUCUUUAAAAAGUGUUUACAUAGAGAUUUUUGCUUAUAUUAAUAGCCUCAAAGUUUGGAUGGACUGUAUUUCUUUCUUGCUUUGUUUUAAGUAUUUGUUUUAUAUUCCAGUAAUAUUAUAUUUCUUGUCAUUUUUCAACAACAGGUGCUGUUUCCGUUCUGGGACUGAGAAAGUAAAGUUUAAAACUCCUACACGUCUAAUGUGCCAAGACACAACUGCAUGCAUUCAAAUACAUAAUGUUUGCUCAGAAGAUGUUUUUGUCCAGCUGAUGAGAAGUAACAUUUUUUUCGUGGAUUUUCUGCUGACCCUGUCUGUUUGAUGCUCUGUCUCAUACGGAGUUUUCAAUUCUGAGAAGAUAGAAGGGAUAGGUGGCUUUUAGCUGACUCCUGAUUUUCACAUGUUGUGAAUUCAGUUGAGUUUUGCAGCUAAUGACCUUUCCCUAUUUCUCCAAAUAUAUAUGGUAGAUGCUGACUCCCGGUCUGUGCAAAUAAAUGAUGUUUGCCUCUUCAGUUGAGUAGUAAUUAUUGCAGCAUUCACCAUUGAACAAUUCUUCCUCAAGCGCGAAUUGGAUCUGGGUCGAUAGCCCAUGAGGCUGUUGACUCAGGGGCCAUGAGGGCGAGAGGAAUAAUAACAAUUGUUUUAGUAAAAUCCAACUAGUUUGCCAAAAAUAUCGGGACAAAACAACUUUAGCAAGAUAACGCUACACUUAAAUACUUUUUUGCUGCCAAAAAGCCGCCGCUUUUGGCUACUAGUGGGCUUUAACUUAUAGCCUAGUAGUAGCUCAACCAAUCAGAAUGCAGCAUUGAUAAUAGACUACUACUUGGAUUUUACUAAUUAUUAAUAGCCAGGUUACACCUUGUCAACUCUAGUUAGACUCUAUAGAAAGCUCUUGUGGCGUAAGUGUGUCACUGAGAUGUCCAUUUGAAAUCAUCUGCUAAAGGCAGAGAGACACAGAUUAAUCUUCUUUUUGUGGCUUUGGGGUGUGGGUGGUGGUGGU